UCUUUAUCCGUGACUUAUUGGUGAAUAUGCCGCUCUGAUUCUGAUUGUGAGAUAAAUUGUACCAAUUUGUUUUUGCACCAUGAAGCACGUAUAUAAGAAACUUUAAAUUAAGUUUAAAAAAAUCCAUGUAUUAAUUUUGUAUCGCAUUAUGAUAGAGACAGAUACAUGUAUAAAAAUAAAUAAAUAUUUUUACUUAAUUUUAAAUAAUAAACAAGUGUACAUUUCCUCAUGAUAAAUACAAGUUAACAUUGUCAAAAAUGCAGAGAGAAUUAAACGAAAUAAUUGAGAAAUCAUUGCAAAAAGCUUAUGAUCACGAUAGAACCGGGAAUGUAGGAAAAGCAUAUGCAUAUUACACAGUUGUUGCAGAAUUAUGUUCUCAAAAAAGACCUGAAAUCGAAGAAGCGUUUGUCGAUGUCCUCUGUCAAUGGGGUAUACAGCUAGCAGGUGAGAACAGGUUCGAAGAUGUUGCUUUAUGUUACAAACAUUCAUUAGAUAUCUAUCCGAACAAUCCUCGUAUGUUGAAUAAUUUUGCAGCACACCUCUUAAGGAAUAAUGAUCCGCUAGAAGCAAUAAAAUACUUAAAGAGAGCCCUGCGAGCGAAUCCUAAUUUUUUACCAGGAGAAAGGAAUUUGCAGAAUGCGUACAGUAUGGCUGUAGAUAGAUGGCAUUUUCCAAUGUUGAACGACAAGCACAGAAACAUGGCAUUCCAGGAUGUAAUUUAUAAGAGAAUAUCACAAGGAUACAAUACUGUGCUAGAUGUAGGAACUGGUACAGGAUUGUUAAGCCUAUAUGCGCAACAUGCAGGUGCUAAGAAAAUUUAUGCAUGCGAAUGUUCACCAGUGAUGCUAAAAAUUGCAAAAAAGGUAUUUGAAACCAAUGAUGCUAAGGAUAUAAUAUUAUUACCCAAACUCUCUUCAGAUCUUGUAAUUCCUACAGAUAUUGCAGAAAGAGUGAAAUUGGUAGUUACAGAAACUUUUGAUGCUGGUUUGUUUGGAGAACAUGUGAUACCUUCUAUGAUAAGUGUGCAUUCAAAUGUUUUGGAUAAGAAUGGUAUAGUGGUACCAAUGGGAGCUACACUUUAUAUAGCUGCUAUUGAAUGUGAAUAUAUAAGAAAUAAAUCAGCUGUGAUGUUUGAUAAAAUAAAACAUUUUUGUCCUCUAAAUUUUGAUAAUAUAUCUGUAUUGUUGGAUGAGGAAUACUAUGAUACAGAAAAUUUAAAAAACGUGGAAGUUAAUUAUAUAGUAGAACCCACAGCAUUUUUUACCAUUAAUUUCAAUAAUCUGUCGGAUUUACAACAAUUUAAUACAGAUGGAAUAAAAAACAUUAUAAAUAUAAUGUGUAAACGCGAUGGUACAAUAGAUGGUUUAAUAACUUGGUUUAAGUUACAUCUCGAUGAGGAAAUAACAAUAGAUACUUCAGAAAAGAAAUCAUGUUGGCAAGCUGCCAUUUUCCCUACAACACCAAAAUCAUUGAAGAAAGAUGAUGUAAUUGCAAUUAAAGGAGAAAUGUUGAAGGGAAAACUUAAAUGUUCAUACUCAUCUAAUAAUUCUGAAUACGAUGAUUAUGAUCAUAAGCUUUUAUAUCGUUUACCAAAAGAAGUUAUAACGUUUUUAAAUGAUGUAGAGUACAUAAAAUUACUUACUGAAGUUACCAAAUCACUCAUUAAUAGAGAAAUACACAGUAUUUUGGAUACUUCCCCGUUUCCUAUUUACGGAUUAAUAUUACUAAAGGAGAACAAACAUAGCAAAGUUUUAUACUACAAAAAUGAAAAUAUGAUGUUUCAACGAUUUAUCAAACAAAUAGCAGAACAAAAUGAUUUUGAAGAUAAAUUACGUUUUGUAUCAAAGUACAAUCAUAUUAAUGAUUCUUUAGAUACUAUAUUUAUUCAUGAUUUCGAUAUUAAAGGAGAAUUGAAAGAUUGCAGUGAUGAACAUAAUCACGAAUUUUUUCGAUGUUUACUUAAACCAAAUGGCAUUUUGUUGCCUGAACAGAUAUUUUUUGUAGGUCAGCUUGUGUUUUCAGAUGAUUUACCAAAUAUGGUAUAUGUAGAAGAUAAAAAUUUACAAGAUAUUCCAACAUUUGCAUUUAAUGCAUCAAAUUUUGAAAAGAUAAACCAAAUUUUCGAUCUGAAUUCAAGUUUGUAUUUAUACGAACCUUUAUCCAAUGUAAACAUAUUGAUAGAAAUGAGAGAGAAUGAAGUUGCUGAACGUGUGAUAAAUUUUGGAAAAAUAAGUGCAACUAAUAAUAAAUUAUUGCCAAAUGCUUUAGUAUGUUGGUACAAAGUCAGAUUGACAUUAAAUCAUAGUUACGAUACAAAAAGAAAUGGAUCGUUUAUGAAUCAUACGGCAAUAUUAUUAGAAGAUGAAUUAAAGAAUUCCAUUUUACAAGGUAAUGAAGUAUGUAUAAAAGUUCAGCAAGCUGAAAAUAUAAUACGAAGGUCAUUAAUGUUAAUAAUACUCGGUAAUGCUUCUAUUAUUUUUGACAGCAUAAACAUCCGUUUAGAAUCAUCAGCUACAACUAAUAGUGUUUUAGUUGAAUAUUUACUGAAAAAGUUUUUGUGUUGUUCUAUUGUAAAAAAUGGUCUUAAAACAAGCCCUAAUCUUUUAUCACGAUUAUAUUUGUACAAAUCGCCGACUUUAGUGACUGCACGUUUAAACAAAGCUUCCGCACCUUCUUGUAAUGGUAAUCCAGUUGGCAGUGGAGAUGAGAAUCCAUGUCCUGGCAAAUCUAUAUUUACGUAUUGGUAUUCUUGUGGCAGGUAUUCUAUUAAUCUGUCAAAUGUUCCAGCAUUGUCCAACAUACCAUGCACCAUUAGAAUUCUUCUUUUUUCUGAAGAUCCAUAUAUUUUGCCUGCAAUGUACCCCCAUGGAAUGGAUAUUUGUAUGAAUUCAGUGUAUGCUUCCAUCCCUGGAUUACCGGAACUAGGGAUGGUAUGGAUGGGAGAUAUGAUGGUACAUGGAGAACCUACACAUGAACUUAUGUUGGAUCCACGUCAAGGUGAAAGCCCAUUUUUCUCUCAUGGUUCUAAUCCAUAUGAAGAUAUUAGAAAUCAUCAAAUUGCACCUACAACUAUGGUACGGUAUUUACCACCCCAGUUUUCUAACGAAUGUUCGGAGCCUGAUGAAGCCAUGGAAGCUGUUGAUGCCCAAGAAAUGCAACAAGAAUAUGAUUCACAGUCUGAAAGACAAGAAAUGACUGAGUAUUUAACAUUAGAAGAUUACAUGGGUGAUGAAGAAAGGGAGCAAGUUGUAAACAAUGCAGCAACACAAACUACUCAGGACAAUCGUAAUAGAAAAAUAAAACCUAUAAAGCAUCCUGGACUGGUUUUAAAGACACCAAUUGCAUAUCAACCACAUACAGAUUUAAAUUUUAUUCCCAUUCGUAAGGAUGGCAUAGCUGUUUGUGAAAAAUGCGGUGCUAUUGGUGUGAAACAUGCAUUUUAUACAAAGGAACGUCGAUUUUGCAGUAGAGCAUGUGCAAGAUCUUCAGAGCACCCAGCUCCUAUUGCUGAUUCCACAUAUAGUCCAUCACAUUCAAUAGAAACACCUACAUCUGUAAACUCGACUUCUCCAAAUGAGUCCAAAUUAAUGAAAAAUAUCUCGGUGAAAGAAGAAACAGACAUAAAACCUUUUGAAUUAGAGAAAGAAAAAGUUAUAUCAGAACCAGUAAUGCCAGAGGAUUUACCUGUAAGAAGAAAAAGAACUGCUGAAAUGGCAGGUUCUUAUGAUUGGACACCUCAACUAGUUGAACCAGGAUUUUGUGCUGCUCCAGCACCUAUAUCAGAAAUUUGGGAUAAUAUAACAGUUGGCAUGAAAGUAGAGGUAGAAAAUACUGAUUGUGAUGAAGUAUGCGAAGCUUUUCCAGACUCUUUCUGGGUCGCUACUGUGUUACGUAUAUCCGGAUAUAGAGCCUUAUUAAGGUAUGAAGGCUUUGGACUCAAUGCUGACAAAGAUUUUUGGGUAUCUUUGUGCUCGAAUGAUAUACACCCCGUAGGUUGGUGUGCAACUAUUGGAAAACCUCUUAUUCCACCUAAUACAAUUGCUAACAAGUACAAAGACUGGAAGGAUUUUCUAAUGAGACGAUUAACAGGUGCAAGAACACUGCCAACUAAUUUUUAUAAUAAAGUUAAUGAUAGUAUGAAGUCGCGUUUUAGAUGUGGACUUCACUUGGAAGUUGUAGAUAAAAAUAGAAUUUCGCAAGUAAAGGUAGCAACGAUACAAAAAAUUGUGGGUAAACGAUUACACGUACGAUAUUACGAUUCACCGCCGGAAGACAAUGGUUUUUGGUGUCACGAAGAUUCUCCUCUUAUACAUCCUGUUGGCUGGGCUAGACGAGUAGGACAGACGUUGGACGCAUACCCGGAAUAUUUGGAGCGUGUAUCAAAAUCGAAACUAUGCGAAGACGAUGCAACUGAAGAUCUUUUUUAUGUGCCAAAGAACCAUCAUGUACACCUUGGAUACACAUUUCGAGAAGGAAUGAAGAUAGAAGCCAUUGAUCCUCUUAAUCUCUCUGCCAUAUGCGCAGCAACAGUUAUGCAAGUUUUAAAAGAUGAUUAUAUAAUGAUCCGUAUUGAUAGUUACGAUGAAGAUGCAAGUGGUGCUGAUUGGUUUUGCUAUCAUUCAUGUUCACCUUGUAUUUUUCCAAUUGGAUUUUGUUCUCAACAUGGUUUACCACUUACACCACCAAAGGGCUAUGAUCCUACUACAUUUACAUGGGAUACAUAUUUAGUAGAGACGAAUACUACACCCGCUCCUGUGCAGUUAUUUAAUAGGGAAAUACCUCAACAUGGAUUUAUUGAAGGAAUGAGACUUGAAGCUGCUGAUUUAAUGGAUCCUAGAUUAGUUUGUGUUGCUACUAUUACUAGGGUGAUUGGGAGGUUAUUAAGAGUACAUUUUGAUGGUUGGGAGGACGAAUAUGAUCAAUGGUUAGAUUGUCAGAGUCCUGACAUUUAUCCAGUUGGAUGGUGUGAUCUAGUUGAUCAUAAAUUGGAAGGGCCCCGUGCACUCAAUAAAAACACUAGUCCUACUGUAAAAUCACCAAGAGGCCUUAAACGUAAAACUAAGAGAAAAUUGAAAAAAAGCAGCAAAGUAUUUUGCGCGAAAAACAUUCUACCUCGGCACAGUGAACGUAUUAGCAUGGCUCGUGAACGUGAACGAGAAGUAGAGCCAGCCCAAGGAAUAAAAAUUGAAAGAGAGCGUGACUUGGAAAGCUUACCAGAACAAAGAAAUAGGGAACCAGAGCCAGCAGAAGAACCAGCUGGACCCGAUCAAACUUUACCUAGCCCUACCACUGGACAAGGUCAAGCAUUAAAUGAUACUCAAAGUGAAAUACAAAGCCCUCCACCACCAAAAGAACGAACUGCGACGUCGUACAUUAAUGUAACGUCUGCCUCUAGCAAAUAUAUCCCAAGGCUAGCAGAUGGUGUUCAAAAAAGUUCCGAAUCUGGUGAUUUAGUGCCAUCUGAGUGGAAUGUGUUUGAUGUUGCACAAUUCCUUCGUGUUAAUGAUUGUGCAACAUAUUGCGAUAAUUUUAGUAAACGUAAGAUAGAUGGAAAAACUCUAUUAACACUCACUAAGGACCAAAUAAUAGACCUAACCGGUUUUAAAGUUGGGCCUUCUUUAAAAAUAUAUGAUCUUAUUCAACAAUUGAAAAUCAAAGUGAAUCCAGCUCAGGAAAGGUUGAAAUUAGGAUUGAAAAAAUUAUUAUAACAAAGAUAGUACAUAGUUAAUACCAUGAAUAAGUUCCAUCAUUGCAUACAAAUAAACAUGGAUUUACAGGUAAGGCAUGUAGAUGCAAAUAAUUAAGAAAUUCAUAUUUCAUUAUGGUUAUAUACAAUGUUUGUUAUAUGCUUUAUUAAUAAAAAUCUACUCACACACGCACACGCAUACACACAUAUGUGUGUAUGUGCGCGCGAAUCUGUAUAUAUGUGUGUCUGUGUGUGUAAAUAUAUAUACACAUACAUACAUUAAACUAGAAAGAGCUAAAAAUAGAGAUCUUACUCUACUCUAAUCUAGCAUGUAUUUGGGAAGAACAGCAUUUAUUUAAAAAAUGAGAAAAAAGACAAAAAUAUGUUGUUUCGUUUUGGAAAGUAGGUAAAUGUAGUAAACUAAAAAUAUGCAUUUAUACAUGUUCACGGUUACUAAAAUUAAUAUUUGAUAAAAUAUUAGCUUUAAUUUUAUAUGUUUUAAAAAAUUUCUAUUCUUCUGAAAUCAUCUGAUUAUCUAGAAAUUAUUAAAUUACUGUGAAUUAUUUUCUCAAGGUGAUAGAAAUACGAUAGAGUUAUUUUAAGAGAGAGUAAAUAAAUGAAUUCCAGAAUGAGGUAGUUCAAAUUUAAUACAAAUUUAUAAAUUCCUCAGCUUGAAUUAAUACCAAUAAUUUGGUAGAAAAAUUAAAAACACUCAUUAAUAUUUAUAUCUAUGUAAAUUGUUACAUAAAAUAUCAAGGGAAAUUCACGUACACAUACUGCAUUUAAAGAUUCUCGUAAAUAUCGGAAAUUAUUUUACUAUUUUAGCAACAUUUCUUUCACAACGCCGUUAUUUGUAAAUCCAUGCUUUCACGUUGCACUAAAUUGAUUGCAGAUGCAUGAACCACAUUAAAAAAAAUGCUAAUGUAUAUUUAAGAACUUUUUUUAAACAGACAGAAAGUUAAAAGAUGUAAUUUAAAAAAGAGGAAAAUUUAGGAGUAAAUCAACAAAGAUAUAUUUAAUAUGAAAAAGUAAAUGAGACAUGAUAAAAAUGAAUCAUAAAGUACAAAUUAAUUCUUGAGUAUCAAUUUACUGCAACUUCAAUCAUAUUUGCCUUAACGUUAUCAUUCGCAAUAACAAGAUAGUUUUAUAUAUUUUAAUAGAUUUGUUGAUUUACUCUCUAUUAUAAUCAAGAGUUACACAUUUGUACAUAAUUAAAUGAACGAAACGAUCAACUUUUAAUCUUGUAAAUAUAGAAUUUAGCACAAUAUUAGGUUUAGCUAAUUUUUCUGAAAAGAGGAAAAGAAACUGAAGAAAAUGUAAUCAUAAUGGAAAAGAAAUAUAACUAUUAGGAAGUGGUUGAUGCAUUUGUAUAACACAUAUUGUAUCUAUAUGUAGCUUUAUAAUCAUUACAGUAAAUCAAACCAGUCGAGCAAAGUCUAAGACUGAUUCGUCUUAGACUCUUUAAAUACUAUUUUUAGUAUGGUAGGAUAAUAUGAUUACUUUCUUUAUUUAUUCAAUAUUUGGAAUCUCAUGUGGUACCAAUUCUAUUUGGGUCCUAAACAUUUUCUUAGCACUUAAUUGAUAAAAAGUUAGAUGCAAAACAUUUGAUUAAUAAUCACUUAGAUUUUAUUAUGACAAUCGUAUCAGCAUUUUAAUUGCAACGUAUAUAGUGAAACUUUUUUUUUCUCUUUUUGUUGUAUUGACGAGUGAUUUCACAUUCGUAUCUUAAAAAAAAUUUAUUAAUUUGGAGAAUAUUAUAUACAUAUAAAUAUAUACAUAUAAAUAUCUAUAUCUGCUGAUCGAAGGAAAAAUGGUAAAAGUUUUCUUAAAAUCAUCAUUGUGUACAAAUUGGGAGGCAUUAUAAAUAGUAUUAUAAUUACGAACUUACGACGUUUGAAUUUUGCUUUAAAUACAUCAGUCACAUAACUGUGAGUACAAAAGAAGAAGAAACAAUAUCAAUUAUGAAUUAAAAAUACAAAUAGUAACAGAUUUUUACGUGCUGUAUUGAUCAUUUUUAGUUCGAGAACAAAAUAACGUCCAGUGUAAUGGUAUUUAAAUGAUAUAAAAAUUUAAUAUAAAAGUUAAAAUUUUUUCGGAGGCAAUAUUCAAUUUUGAAAUAUGAAUAUUUUAAGAAAUUUUUUCUGAUUAAAAAAAGUUACUUGCUUUAUAAUUAUCAGAUAAUUUCAAAUAUACAAACGUACUAAGAAUGAAAAAUCUCAGCGAUACGUGUAUUUAUGCAAUUUUUUUACAAUCAAAUCAUCGAGCAUUUGAAAUAAUACUACGUAUUAAUUUAAAUAAAAUCGAAGAAUGUCUAAAUGCACACUUAUUUUGGAAAGGAUGUUAUAACCAGCCGAAUAGUGCUGGUUAAGUAAGCUUUUAUUUUAUAAAGUAUUAGUAAAAAUGCUUCGUGAUUUCACAUUUGCAUAUAUGUCAUUCCCUAUUCUCAUUAAAGACAUGUGUUUACAUUUCUAAAGUUCUGACUCGAGAAAUUGAGGUUAGAAUUUUCCGGAUUAACAAGUAUAAUAGAAUAAGAGAUAGAGAGAGAAUCGAAAAAAAGAAGAUUAAUGUUAUUUUCAUUUAUUGAAUUGCAUUUAAGACGUAUUCAUAGUUAUCUUUUUUUUUAAGUCAUAAAAGAUAUAAAAACCGUCAUUUUCUUACGAUGCAAUAUAUAAUUAAUACAAACAAUAACUAUGAACACGGUCUCUUUGAAUAUUAUUUUUAGCUUGUGUCAUUCUACAGUGUUAAUGGAAAAAAAGGAAUUCCGCAGAUAAUCAAUUUAGUAUUUAUCUAUAAUGAUAUAAAAUAGGUUCGGAAGUGAGAAUAUUUUUUAUUUCCUCUUUUAUUUGUAAGUUCAUCACUCCUAUAUUUCAUAUUAUAGAAUUAAAAAAGAAAUGAUUACAAAAAUAAAUGUUUUUCACGUAUAUUGUAUAAAAAAAAAAAAUUUGCAAAUGAUGGAAGUACAUUGUUUAUAUUAAAUCAUUUAAGUGUUUAUAUUUCGGUUGCCGAUCCAUUAUUUUUGCAUGUGCAAUCGUUGACCGUCAGGUGGCACUAGCUGUACC